UAGAAUUAUAAGUACGCAGCAGGGAGGCAGAGAGAGAGAGAGAAGUGAGGGGGUGUUGUGAAGGAGGAGAGUGUUUGAGGGGAGCUAAAGGAAGUGGAUGAUGAAAAGACGAGAGUGAGUAAGCGUGCGUAUGGCCAGACAGUAUAUAAAGCUGGAGAACAAGAGAAGAUAAUAAGACCUUAAGAGCUCCCAUUGAUUCUUCAACAGAGAUGACGGUACUGAUGGUGUUGCUGUACAAGAGCCUGGCCGUGCUCCAGCUCUUCCUGACUCUUGACCCCUCCCUACGGCUCGCCCACGCUUCCUCCACCCCCUCCCCCAUCACCCGCACUGGUUUCCAGUUCGUGACUGCCCCGGACGACUAUGACAUUGACUACCCCGACGGCCUAAGCCAUCCCCCCAGCGCGGCUCCCCCCAUCAGGGCGACUAACGUUCCCCACGAGCUGUGCCAGUACGACCCCUGCCAGGAGGACCAGGCACCCUGCUCCGACCUCUCAGCCCAGAGCGGGUGCCUCUGCCCGGGCCUCAGCGGGGCCUCCCAGCCCCCCCGCCCCCCCCCGCUCCAGGGUCUGCUGCCCCCCGGCAGCGGGGAUAGAAGUGACGGCGGAGUGGUGGUACGCUGGUGCGCCCCAUACUCCGUCGUGACCGGGUACAGAGUGGUCGUCGAUGGCAACAGAGGCGCGGCCUUGGAGUUCCCGGCCCGGGGGCGGCGGGGGCAGGUGGGGGUCCUGGAGGCGCGGGCCGAGGUGUGCGUGGAGGCGGUGAACAGGGCGGGGCACAGCGCAGCGUCAGGGUUGUCCUGCAGGCAGUACCAGCCCCCCCCCAGGCUCAGCGGCUCUGGGAUGGUCGGGCUCAUAGGGGGCGGGGUUGCUGUCCUCCUACUGCUGGUCGUCACGGCGAUCGCCCUCCACCGGAGACGCAGAGCCCGACGAAAUACAACCGAGGCCAGAGCCGAGGGACUGGGGAACCCCUCCUACAGCGCAGAGGGAGGGGUCUGUGAGACAUAGAAACAGGCCGGGCAGGAAGAGGAAUGGAGAGGACAGAUGAGCAAAAGACUGAAGAGGGACCCAAGCUGAAUGACUCCUAGCUCUUUAGGAACUGUGUCAGGGGAUAAUGGUUAGAUAAGAAUCUUACAAUCAUGGUACUGUUAAUAUAGUAGGCCUAGUGCCAGCACAAUUGAAAUUGGAGGACGUUAUGGCGUAAUACUACACUGCACAAACAGUGAUUGAUGUGUGAAACUGCAGGUUGAUUUGCUGGCAAAUCCUCUGGCUUAAUAUAGGACACAAAUCAUCGUAUUGUAAAUAUUUUUACAUUUUUACAAUGUAUUGACCAAUCUUAUGAAUAAAUGCAUUAAUUUGUUAUCAAAA